CAAUGAAACCGCGAGCGCUCGGGAAGGAGGAGGCGGAGGCUGGAAUUUAAGAGAUGCUUGUUAUGGCCGUUAAACGGCUAGCGAUACGAAAAAUAUCAGUUUUCAAAUAAUAUUAACCAGCCCCAAAUGCAAUAUGGAGACUGCGGUUGUUCUCGUAUGGCUUUCAAUCGUGGUCGUCAUCCUGUCAAGGUCACACGCGGACCGCAACGUCUACCCAUCGGCCGGCGUGCUGUUUGUCCACGUCCUGGAGAGGGAGCACUUCAAAGGGGAGUUCCCACCGUACCCUAAAGCAGGGGAUUCCAGCAAUGACCCCAUAACCUUCAACACCAACCUGAUGGGCUACCCGGACCGGCCGGGCUGGCUCCGCUACAUCCAGAGGACGUCACACAGUGACGGAGUGCUCUAUGGAUCCCCGACCGCGGAGCACGUGGGCAAGGCCACCGUCAUAGAGAUUACUGCCUACAACAGACGCACUUUUGAAACGGCCCGACACAACCUGGUCAUCAACAUCAUGUCCACUGAAGAGUUCCCGCUGCCCUACCAGGCGGAGUUCUUCAUAAAGAACCUGAACGUGGAGGAGAUGUUGGCCAGCGAGGUCCUGGGAGAUUUUCUGGGGGCGGUGAAGAAUGUCUGGCAGCCCGAACGCCUGAACGCCAUCAACAUCACUUCGGCUCUAGACAGGGGUGGCCGCGUCCCCCUGCCCAUCAACAACCUUAAAGAAGGGGUGUAUGUGAUGGUGGGGGCGGAUGUGCAGUUCUCGUCCUGCCUGCGGGAGGUGGAGAGCCCCCACAACCAGCUCCGAUGCAGCCAGGAGAUGGAGCCUGUAAUCAGCUGCGACAAGAAGUUCAGGGCCCAGUUCAGCAUCGACUGGUGCAAGAUCAACCUGGUGGACGUCACCAAGGUGGUGACCAUCCGCAGUAACCGCCCCGACCCGGGUCCCGGCGUGCUGCCCGACAUGGGGGAGUAUAACCCCCCGUCCGAGGCCCUGAAAAGCAGGGACUACUUUGCCGACUUCCUGAUCACCCUGGCGGUGCCCAUGGCCGUGGCGAUGGUCCUGUUCACCAUCCUGGGCUACUCCAUGUGCUGCCGGCGGGAGGGGGUGGAUAAAAGAAACAUGCAAACACCAGAUGUUCAGCUGAUGCACCACAGCUCCAUCCAGAAGUCCACCAAGGAGCUGCGGAGCAUGUCCAAGAACCGGGAGAUCUCCUGGCCCCUCUCCACCCUGCCGGUGUUCAGUCAGAGCGGCGAGGUGGUGCCGCCGCUCCACCCGGACAACUACGAGACCACCAGCAUGCCUUUGAUGCAGACACAGACAAACCUGCAGAAUCAGAUUCAAAUACCACAGCAGCAACUAUCAGGAGACAGGGAUAAUUAUUGUAUGUCAACAUUUCGGAGACUCGAGGUAAAUGGUAUUCUUGAGGAUGGAAAAGUGUCUGAGGCCCUGAACUUGUGAUGAGUGAAACCCCAGGAGCAGGUUUCCAUCUGGAUGUCUGUGCACCACUGUUUUUUUCCACGUCCAAGUUCCAAGUGGCACCAAUAUUUCUCAUCAAAGUCAACUACUUGUGCAAAGGAUCUCUGCCUGCGAGGAGUGGGUUAAACAAGGAACAGGGUGCCAUUUUGGACGUAACCUGAACUGGUGCCCAUCUGCUAGGUGCAGCCAGCAGGGCCUUCAUAGCAAUCUGUCACGUUUCUGUUAUAAAGCGCUUUUCGCAUCAGCAGUUGUCACAAAGUGCUUCCAUACUCAACAGCUAGCGUCCGUCCUCGUGCUUCAGAAUAGGCUCCCGGUAAGUGCACUUAGUGUUAGAGCAUGCCCUGUUGAAGUGCCAUACGGUUUCGUCAGCGCCAAUUCACUUCGUCUUUCUAACCGGGUGCUUUCAGUGCACUUUAAUUUAUCAUUAGCGGUCAACCUUACAUGGAGUGUGUGUGAGUAAACAAGCUCUGUCGUCGUUAACUAAUGCUACAUUCAUCAGAUAUUUUGUCAAAUAUUCUAGAAAUGAUGACAGGAUGAGAUCAUAUCCCAUUUAUUUUUUACUUGCCUCACCGCAUCCUCUUUAGAGGAUAAGGAAGAGGUGCUUGUGUCUGUGUAUAACUUUGGUCUGUCACAUUGUUACAGUAAAAUUACAUUUGGUUUUAA